AUGAAGCGAUCAUUUUCCGACGUGGACAACGACGUCGAGUCUCAACCGAGACCGGCGCGAGCAAACGGCUUCAACCCAAAGCGUCAGAAGCAAUACGGCACUGGCAAGCACAAGGCCAAGGAGGGCAGCUUAGAGUAUUCGAGAAAGCGUGCUCGAAACAUCGAACGACUGCUGCAUCGCAAAAAGGACCUGCCUGCCAAUGUCCAAAAUGAUUUGCAGAGAGAGCUCGAGUCGCACAAAUCUACCGUCUCGGACAAAUCUUUUCUGAAGAGGCGGAGUGCAAUGAUUGCAAAAUACCACAUGGUUCGAUUUUUUGAGCGAAAGAAGGCGUCGCGUUUAGUGAAACAGAUCAAGCGCAAGAUUGAACAAAACCCAGGUACCGAAGAUGCUGAUGAUCUAAAACGGCAACUGCACAUUGCCGAGGUAGACGAGGCUUAUACAAUCUAUCAUCCGCAUCUGGACCCUUACAUCAGUUUGUAUGGCAACUCCAAGUCCGAGGGUAACGACAAGGGGGAGGACGCCGCAGAAGACGACAGUGAGACAAAACAAAUACGAGCAGCAGCCAAAGCUGCACUCGACGCCAAACGACCACCAAUGUGGUCUGUUGUUGAGAAGACCAUGGAAGAGGGUCCUGAAGCAUUGAAGCAAUUGCGUGAGAGGAGAUCCGCAGACGACUCAGCUCACUCAGCUCCUGCCACAAAGAAGCAUAGUCCAACAACUAGGACAAGCUCAAACAAACCAGACUCAAGGCAAGGGCACGAACAAGCUCAUGAUCAGCAAAGUCGCGCCGGAGCCAAGGAUAAGGCAAGCAAGCAGCAGAAGGGCGAACAGUCGCAACUUAAUCGGAGAGAGCGAAGACGACUUAUGCGCGAAACUAUCGCUGCUGAGCCUGAUGAAGACGAUGACGGCGGAUUUUUUGAGGAAAUGUAA